AUGUCCAUCGAAGUCGACUGGGCAACGGCCACAUCGGGCCCGGACGGCGAAGCUCUGGCGGAGCGCAUCCGCGCGUUUGUCCAUGAUAGGUUUCAGCAGGUACCACUGCCGCGCUUCAUCCGAUCAGUCCAGUGCCAUGCAUUUGAAUUUGGCACCGUAGCACCCGAUCUCGAGAUCAAGGAUCUCUGCGAACCUUUCGCCGAUUUCUACGAGGAAGACGAUGACGAUACCUCUGCUACCUCCGAAGCCCUCACGGCGGAAUGGUCAGACUCGACCUACGAAGAUGACAUACCGCUGAACCGCCCUCCUCACAGCUUCAGUCACCAUCCCUUUCCCGGCGAGAUUUUCCAACCCUCCGCGCUUCGGUCACCUCUUCCCCUGACUGACCAUUUAAACCCGCAUUUCCUCCCCCGCGCCGGCACACCUGGUAUCCCUGGCGGUACAUCCACGCUGGGGUACCAUCUAAUGUCAUUAGGUGGCCUGUCAGGUAGCCAGACGCCUCUUGCAGCCGUAGCAAGUGGCACACAUCUUUCAAGUGGCUGGUCAGAUUCCGGCUUAGCUCACGGUAGACCGCAACUGCACCCGCAACGUCCAUCAAUGCUUCGCCAGGAAGCAGAUCUAGAUAGCACCGACAACUCCGCCUCAAGACCAUCAACAGCAAACACCGCACCGUCGCACCCAUCGAUCUGCCAAACAGGUAGCAGUGGAUCGAACCACAACAGCACCUCUCCAGUUGAUGUGCCACAUCUAUCAAUAGAGCCAGCAGCCGAUCCCUCCGUUCCAAUCCCACCUCGGAUGCGUGAACGGCGACCCGAAGAUUUUCAGGUACUCUGCCAUGCGAAAUACGCUGGUGAUGUGCGGCUAUCUCUAACAGCCGAGAUACUGCUUGACUACCCAAUGCCCAGUUUCGCCGGGUUGCCGCUGAAACUGAACGUGACCGGUAUAACCUUCGACGGAGUGGCCGUCGUUGCUUAUAUACGCAAGCGCGUGCAUUUCUGCUUUUUGUCACCGGAAGAUGCGGACGCCUUGCUUGGCUCUGAAGAGCAGGGUCAGGGGAGCCAGAAUACUAGCGAAGAUGGACCGUCUCGACCUGGCGGAGAUCAAAAACGACAGGGUGGAUUGUUACAGGAGAUUAGGGUAGAUAGCGAAAUUGGCCGCAAGGAAGAUGGGAAGCAGCUUUUGAAAAAUGUCGGUAAGGUAGAGCGCUUUGUACUCUCACAGGUGCGUCGUAUCUUUGAGGAGGAACUUGUUUACCCCAGUUUCUGGACUUUUCUUAUUUAA